UCAUUAAUUUAUAUGCUUCAAGCACUGGUCACUUUGCCAACAUUGAUGUCUGUUUCCUUAUUUCUCUUCCUCUUGAUUUCCUCUCUGUCUAGCCACUCUACAAGGUCAGUGCACUAUUCACGCCAAUUUCACCAACUUGCAGUUUUCAUCAAACAGAAUGGCUAACGUGGUGGAAUUGAAAGUGGGUUUGCAUUGCGAUGAAUGUAUUAAGAAGAUAUUGAAAGCUAUCAAAAAAAUACAAGACAUCGAAACUUACGACAUUGAUACACAGCUCAAUAAGGUCACAGUGACUGGCAAUGUUUCAUCAGAAGAAGUUAUUAGAGUUAUUCACAAGAUUGGGAAGACAGCGACCACUUGGGAAGCCGAGGGAGAUGGAGUGACUUGCUAAGUAAAUCGAUGACGUGAUCUCCUCUCUCUGUUUCAGCAACAGAUUAAGUUUAUAAUAUGUGAUUAUGGCCAUGAAGGUUUUCUAAUUUCAUCUUUACUGGAUGCAUGGCUUGACAGAGAAGACAAUUCAACCUGGUCAACAUGGAGGAGCAAUUUCUAGAGAGAAUAGUACUGAUUUGUAAAGGGCGUAUGAAUAUGCAUAUCAAGUUAUUAAAUACAAUUAGCCUCCUUCAAUAA